UGUGUCAGCUGACUGGUGCAAGGAAAUGCAGUCUGCUGGAAAACUGCUAAAGAUGAGUCGGUCGUCGAUUUUUAUUUUGCUUGUUUGCUCAAGCGUAUUAAAUGGCAUUUUGGGUGACCGGCUGACUGUCCUACGUAGUCCAGACUAUGUGACUUUCCUCGACGGACAAUGGCCAGUAUCUGGAGAGAAGAUUCCAGAUUUGGUGGCCCUCACAAUGGGCUUCUCUGUUCAGGAGGACUUGGACUGGCCUGGUCUGCGGGCGUUGCCACUUUUCCAGCGUCCAAGGGCCAACGUGCUGGUCGUGGUCCGAGGAGUGGACAGCCUGGAUCUGCCCAAAAACAUGACCUCAUAUCCACUAGAAAAUCCUGUGCCCUUUACCUUGGACAGUGUGGCCAACACGGUGCACAGCCUGUUUGCCGACAGCACUCCUGUGGUCCUUCAGCUGGCCCCCAGCGAGGAGCGGCUGUACAUGAUGGGCAUGGCCAACACGGUGUUUGAGGACCUGCCCGUCACCCUGCAGCAGAUCCGGGGCCGCCUCUCCCAGGAGGGAUCCGUGCUCAACACCCUGCCCCUCAACUCCCUCAGCAGGAACAACGAGGCUGACCUGCUGUUUCUGUCUGAGGUCCAGGUGCUUCACGACAUAUCUGCUCUGCUGCUGAGGCAUCGCCACCUGGCCAAGGACCAUGCGCCUGACCUGUACUCUCUGGAGCUGUCUGGGCUGGAGGAGAUCGGACGCCGCUACGGCCACGACUCGCAGCAGUUCCAGGACGCCACCAGCAUCAUGGCCGCCGCCAUGCAGAAGUUUGCGGACAACGUGUACAGCGUGUACAGCAACAACGCAGUGGUGGAGGUGGUGACGGUGAAGACCUUCGAAGCGCCCCUCACCCGAAAGUCUCGCUCUAUUCUCGAGUCCAAGCAGAUUAGCAACCCGGGCAGCCCCUACAACCUGGCCUACAAGUACAACUUUGAGUACGCGGUGAUAUUCAACAUCGUGCUGUGGCUGAUGAUCGUGCUGGCUCUCGCCCUCAUCGCCAUCUCCUACAACCUGUGGAACAUGGACCCCGGCUACGACAGCAUCAUCUACAGGAUGACCAAUCAGAAGAUCCGCAUGGACUGAGCGCUCCGUGACACAAGCAAUUAUAAAUAUACACACUUACGGUAUAAAAAGGUGCCCAGAGUGCACAUGCCCACACACACACACACCACAGAUGCAAAUAAAUACAUAUGAAUGUGCAUAUGCACGCAUACCCAUCCGCAUUAAACACACACACACACACACACACAGUCCCUGUAUUACAUGACGUGGUGAUAUAUUUAUAUGUGUUGGCCUUUCUGUUGUCACGUAGGCCACACACUAGUCCUGUAUAUUGUACAGUGGUAUUCCCUCAAACUCUCUAUUACAUUCUAAAAGAUGAAGUGUAAAGUACUUAUUAUAAAAAGAAAAUGUUGUGGAGAUGGUGCAGCCACAUAGAAUGUUUACUUGAUGUUUGUCACCUGAAUCAAACUGUUAAUUUAUUGAUGUCUUGGUGGUGUAGAUAUUCUUGUCAUUUAUGUUUGUUUCCGUUGUGCUUUUUUUCAUUUCUUUUUUUUGCUGUUUCCUAGUGUGUAACCAUGACUACUAAGGUAUAGUGCUUUCCCGUCCACUUAUUCCAGGAGUAAGAGGAAUGAGAAAUUGUUAACUGUGAUUUUUCUUUCUUUCUUUUUACUUUUUGAGAUGCAUGUUUGCCCUGGUGUGACAGAUGCUUGCUGACUGUAUUUAUUGUUUUGCUGUUUGUAUUAUUUGUGUGUGACUGUGAUGUGAUUCGGGCCUUUUUUUUCAUGGGACAUGAGAUCAUUCCUGCGCACAAACUUUUGUUUUGAGUCUGUCAUUGUAAAGGGUUUGCAGAAAGAGUCAGAGUUGUAAAACCUUAGGUGUUUAGCUGUCCAUAGCAUUUACAGAUAUACAGUUCAAAAGUAUGAUCACACAUGCUGGAAUCGAAAAGUGAUAAAUUGGAACAGUGAAAGAAAAUGUCAUUUUAAACUCGGCUCAAAUAAUAAACCUGAAAACCAG